AAUGUUUGAAGCAGGACUGGUUUGAAGAGAGGGCUAUAAAUAGCAGAAGCAGUCUCGCUCGUGUCAGGCAUGAAGUAAAGCUAAUAAAACAUUUUGCUAUCUCCACAGAUUCCAACAAAACAGGAAUUAAACACACAAGAUCAAGAAGAAGAUGGUGAUGCUGAUUAUUAAGCUCUGCAUCUUCGCCAUGGCCCCCCUCUGUACUGUCGCUGCGAAUGCUCAGACACAAGGAAUAGGGUUUGGAUAUGGAGGUAGAAAUGGACCAAAACAAUGGGGACACUUAAACCCUCACUACACUGAAUGCUCGGUCGGUAAAUUGCAAUCUCCAAUUGAUAUCCAAAGGGGACAAACCUUUUACAACAGCACAUUAGAACCGCUUCACCGCGAUUACUACACCACAAAUGCAACACUCGUGAACCACGUCUGCAAUGUCGCCAUGUUCUUUGCGGAAGGAGCAGGAGAUGUGGUAAUAAACGAUAAGAACUAUACCUUACUGCAAAUGCAUUGGCAUACUCCUUCCGAACAUCAUCUCCAUGGUGUCCAAUAUGCAGCUGAACUACACAUGGUACACCAAGCAAAAGAUGGAAGCUUUGCUGUGGUAGCAAGCCUCUUCAAAAUCGGCAGUGAAGAGCCUUUCCUCUCUCAGAUGAAGGAUAAAUUAAUGAAGCUAAAGGAUGAGAGGCUCAAAGGGAACCAAACAGCACAAGUGGAAGUUGGAAAAAUAAACACAAGACAUAUCGAACGUAAGACUCGAAAGUACUUCAGAUACUAUGGCUCACUCACCACUCCUCCUUGUUCCGAAAACGUAUCUUGGACCAUUCUUGGCAAGGUGAGGUCAAUGUCAAAGGAACAAGUAGAACUACUACGAUCUCCAUUGGACAUUUCUUACAAGAAAAAUGCAAGACCUUGUCAACCCCUAAACGGCCGGCGAGUUGAGAUGUUCCACGAGCGCGUCACCAAAAAGGAAACCGGAAACAAAAAGAAAGAUCCCAAUUAAACUAUUUUUGCAUAUCGAUUUGUUCAGAACCUAAUUAGCCCCC